ACUUUUUUCCUGCCCUUGUGAGCCGGACGUAUUUUGAUGUACGAUCGGUAUCAUUGUGCUGUUCCUUUUGCAUCCUUGCUCUCUCAUCUUUCCUUUUAGAUAUCAUGUAUUACGGACUCAGCUCUGCGGCGAGAUCUUCUUUUUGUUCCGCUUAUACCUUUGCCCAGUUAUCUCGUGGGCACGAUGUACAUCUACUCGCAUUAUCUGCCACUUCUUUCCUCCUUUCUUGUACUGCUCGCUUGUCCCGGAGUUUCCGGUGCUGUUGCGGUUCUUCUUACGCAUAUGAUGGGGGCGCUUUCACCGUACCAUCAAAGGGCCACCAGGGAAUUCGUUUUACAUGGACACUGUUAUUUCGCGCGUGCUAGUGAUCAGUUGAGCUUGGCAUUCGGGAUGAUUUAUGAUCUUGAGAUGGUGCGAGCACACUGUUCGUUGUCUCCAUCGGUUAGUCACACUGGUGGUUAGGAGCGGAGUCCAGCUGGAGGACACUUGAAUUGCGUCCUCGAGGAAGGGCCAACUUGCACAUACCUGUGUUGCCGCAGUCUAAUCUGACCCGACUUCUUCGAUGCACAACAAAUCGCCCUGACCAGUCCCAGCAGCUGUACUAUGUAGAUAGCCGAGCACCUGUAGGCUAACGCUACUGUCCGUGCGUCAUGGAUAGAACAAACGAUCGGCAUGCGGGUCCCGAAUCCACCGGGUGCUUUAUCCCGGGAAACUCUCUUUUCUUUCACCCUGGAUCGGCCAACUCAAUAUCUACCAUUCCGUACGUACAUCUAUCCUCCCCUAAUCGCCAUGGCCCCUUCACUGCAACCCCAUGUCACCUCGGACAGCUUCUUCCACACAACCUCGCCGCCACGACCAGUAUCCUCCAAUUCACCCGCAACUCCAGUCAUAGUCUAUUUUAUAUCCGGAAACCCAGGUCUCAUCUCUUACUAUUACCCCUUCUUCACCUACCUCUCCGCCAAACUCCAAUCCCUCAGCAGCAAACAGAAGAAAGAUCAUCAAUUUCACAUCUACGGCCACAGCCUAGCUGGCUUCGAAGUACACUCUCCCCUUCCCACGCAUUACCACAAUGUGGAAGAUCAGAUCCGGUUCAUCCAGCGCAAGCUCGACUCCUUCGUGCAAGCCACUACGCAACCAUCUCCGACUACUAAUGUUCGGCCCCGUGUCAUCCUCAUGGGCCAUUCUGUGGGCACUUAUAUCGCCAUGGAAGUGAUCCGGCGACAUCGCGAACGCUCAACGUCUGACCACUCCAAUACUGGUGGCUUCGACAUCAUCGGUGGAGUGAUGCUCUUCCCGACUGUAAUGGAUAUUGCCAGUUCCCCCUCGGGAAAGAAGUUGACUACCCUAUUAUCAAUCAUCCCCCCCCUCGCAUUAGUAGUCUCCGUCUUCGCCCGUAUCCUCACCACCCUCCUACCUGACUUCGCCCUCCGUACAUUAAUCAAACUGUUCAUGGCCGAUCCGCCAUCGCAGGCUAUUGAUACCACCUGCGCCUUCCUGAAGAGUAAGAGGGGCGUCAGACAGGCCUUGCACAUGGCUGCUGAUGAAAUGCGCAUCAUUACAACCGAUAAGUGGAGCGAUGAUGUUUGGGGAAUAGCUUCCUCUUCCUCUUCUUCCUCCAGAAAUAGGGAUGGUGAGGGGAAUGACUUGUCGACUACUGCAGCUUCUCUUCCAGCCCGGAUGUUCUUCUAUUUUGGACGGAAUGAUCAUUGGGUUGCGGAGAAGACGAGGGAGGAGAUUAUCGAGGCCAAGAGUAUGGCCAGGGGAAAGGGAGGGAAGACUCCGACCAUGGUGGUCUGUGAGGAUGGGCUACCGCAUGCAUUCUGUUUGCGUCAUAGCGAAGUCACGGCGAGUAAGGCCGCUGGGAUGGUCAUGGAUAUCAUCGCCGAUUGA